GUUUGUUAGAUAUUUAAACAGCCGACUAUUUAAAUUAGAUUCAGGGUUAUUAAUAUUAGUGCUCGAGAGCAACCGUCAAAAACGAAGUGUUUCCGAGUUUUGUUAGACAUUCGACCACAUCUACUCGCCGCUUAAGGAAAGAAACAAACCAUUCAAUUCACUCUCGCCCGUCAUGAAUCUACCGAUCUGGAUGUGCCUCCUUGGCUGUCUGGCCAGUGCUAGUGGUUUUUUCUUCGAUUUACCAAAGGCAAAUCACCAUUCGCCAGGCAUUUUCGGAGCGAUUGGUGAUGCAACAGUUAAGAUUGAUGGUCUAUUUCAGCAGUUUACAAAGGACAUUUUGGGUGGGCUGAACAUUUUUGGUGGUGGCCAUAAUGCCAAGAAGCCCGAUUCCUCUUCCACGCCCCCAACAACAACAGCUGCUGAGACAGAAACACCAACAACAACGCCCCCAACAACAUCAACUGCUGAGUCAGAAACACCAACAACAACGCCGGCAACAACAACAACUGCUGAGACAGAAACACCAACAACAACGCCGCCAACAACAACAACUGCUGAGCCAGAAACACCAACAACAACGCCUCCAACAACAUCCACUGCUGAGAUCGAAACAGAAACAACAACGCCGCCAACAACAUCAACUGCAGAGAUAGAAACAGAAACAACCACGCCGGCAACAACUGAGGAAUCUGGAAACGAGUCGGCAGAGGAAAGUACAACAAUAGCUUCAGACUCAAGUACAUCGGCUCCAUGAGGAGAUAUUCUGUCGCUUAACCUUCGUAUCGGCUAUUGCUCGCUUUUGUUUUUUCCUGAGCUACUUUGUACUGGUAUUUAAACAACCGGAAUGCAAAUAUAAGUACCAGUCACCAAAUUUAACGCGCGUGUCUUCAAUAUUCCUAUAUUUACUCAAAUGUUUGAAAGAUUCGGGGUAGUACAGAACGAAUUUUUCCUAUUAUCAGUCGCUGAUCGACAAUGUCUCAGUUAAGUAAUUGCCUGUUCAUCCUUUUCCUAACGAUCCAAUGGCUGGGUUUUGUUCUGCCAGCACCCACUGUGAGUCAAGAAGAUAUAUCCCAACGUCUUGGGGUUUAUGAGAUGGAAAUUGGCAGAGAAGACGAUCUACUGCCUGAAUUGGAGAUUCAAUUAUUGCGGGCACAAAUGGAUCAGGAUGGUCUGGAAGUGCUUCGAAUGCAAUUAAUGCAGCUAAACUUGCUGAAGCUCUUAAUUGCCCUGGACUGCUUUAUACUGUUAUGCAUUUUUUUUUACGCAAGAGAACAAAGAUUUCGUCUAGUCCAAGUAAUGUAAUCUAUCAUGACAAUUAGUUUUUGAUAUUUCGAUGAUGAAAUCAAAUGAAUUUAUAACAUAGUCUGCUAAGGAGAGAACGAAUUAAGAAUUCACUUGACACCUCUCCAAUAUCUUAUAAAAGAUUAUUUAUAUCUGCGAUAUAUCAGAAUAAAAGUUAUAUUUUAAUUUAUUUUUAUUUAAGUUUAUAGGUUUAAAUUGAAAAAAAAAACUUUUAGCUUACUUACGGUUAUUUUAAAAUAAAUUGACCUUAAAUUAAUUUUCAUAUAUGAAGCUUUAACAGUCUGCUUUAAA